AUGAAGGGAUUAUUUAAUAUGCACAUACUUAUAUGCCUAAGCUAUCUGAUCUGUUGUUUUGCGGCUCCAGAAUUUUCAUUUAAGAAAAUUCGCAGUGUGCCAACCCUGAAUAUAAAAAGUGACGACUCGCUGUUGCUUUCAAAUUUUGAAAACAUUGGAAAAGAUCCAACACUAACAAAUGAUACUGAGAGCUUUACAACAGAAGACUAUGAAAAUACUGAAAUUACCACAGGCGAAACUGAGAUGGACGAUACUACUACCCCUAGUUACGAAACCGAGUCCACUGAAUCAACGACAGAAUCACAUUUGUUAUUUCAACCUUUUAAUGAGAACAUACAAGAUUCCAUCAAUAGCCCAGAUCUUUUAGCAUCACUUAUUGGCUGAUACCUUCACCGCCUCUACAUACAACAUUACAUAUUUCUGUAUCAAGGAAAACUCGGAAGAACUCAGAGACAUCAUCCAGAUUGUACAUAUAAAAUGAGUUAAGCAUUUUUCCAUCGUCAUCAAAG